AUGGUUGUGCACGUGCUAUUUAUUGACUCCUACGAUUCGUUCACUUACAAUGUGGUACAACUGAUCAAGGAUCAAGAAGGAGUUGCUGUAACGACAAUCCAUAACGACAGUUUUGCUGACUUUUCUAAGCUCGAAGGCUAUCUAGGCGCCUUCGACGCGAUUGUAGUAGGUCCCGGCCCCGGGAACCCCGCAAAUGGCAGCGCAGAUAUUGGAAUCAUUGAAAGCCUGUUCAAGCUCGAAGUGGCCGUACCGAUUCUUGGAAUAUGCCUCGGCAUGCAGGCGAUGUGCUAUGCUCGAGGAUGCAAGAUAGAGCAGUUGCAGACCAUCAAGCACGGGCAGAUCUAUGAAAUGAAUGUUAGCGACUGCAACAACGAACUCUUCAGCGCGUUUCCCGCAAGCUUCAGCUCCGUGCGCUAUCACUCGCUUCAUGUGGCCGAUCUGAUGGAGGAUAUCCUACCACUGGCAUACACAACGGAUGAAAACGGACCUGUCUUGAUGGCGGCGCAGGUACGCGGACUGCCAUGGUAUGGAGUACAGUACCACCCGGAGUCAUGCUGUUCCGAACUUGGCCCUUUGCUCAUAAGCAACUUCUUGCGCAUCGCCACCCGUUACAACGAGACGUCGGGCCGGAUGACUUCGGAGGUUCGUCCGUUGAGGGAAAACAGGGAGCGCUUUGACCGCCUAUUGCUGGAACUAGAUCAAUGCAUUGACAAACAGCCCACGUGUGAGAAGGUGGCCGCGCGGGAGAAGGCUAUCCAGGUUGAGACGUAUGACAUCCCGAAAGACCCAAACUUGGCCCUAAAUGUUUGCGACAAGCUUGUGGAACCAUUCUUCCUAAUGGCAUCUUCAUCGCUGAAGCCGAAGUGCGGGAGCGUGUCCAUUAUUGCGCUGCCAGAUGAGUAUUCAACGGUUUUCACACACUAUGUACAACUGAACAAGACCACCAUCCAUCGUUGGAGAGCAGCCGGACUAACGCCCGAAUCUUACUCCGCGGCGGUCGAUGGAACCAAACCAUCCCCGCAUGUCCAGGUUAUUCUGGAGGACAAGCAGCGCUUCUGGGUCACGCUCGGCGAGUUCAUGAAUAGCAAGAGCAUUUCCAAUAACCCCGAUCUUCCCUUCAUCGGAGGCCUGGUUGGCAUGCUAGGCUACGAGGUGGGCCAAUUCCUAGACCAUUAUUAUGAAAAGGGCAUACAACCCGAUGCAAAGCUCGUAUACAUCGAGAACUCCGUCCUGAUUGACCAUGAAGCGGGCAAACUCCAUCUCAUCUCACUAAAGAAUGAUUUCCCGCAGAGCGUACGCGACAUCGUCACAGCUGCAGUCGAAAAGGGUAGCGAAGCACCCAAUUGGCCUCUGAAACUACCUGAAGACGUCACAUUCGACAUUAACUUCCCGUCAAAAGACGCAUAUGCAGCAGCAUUUGAGAAAACCCAGAAGUACCUGCACGAGGGCACAAGCUACGAGAUAUGCAUCACCACACAGACAGAGAUAACGCCCUCGCGCCGUAUCCCUCCUUGGCGCCUCUUCCAAACGCUGGUGCGGCGCAACCCCGCCCCCUUCUCAAGUUUCUUCGAUUUCUCCGACAUCUGCCCGGACUACAGUGACGUCUGUCUUAUCUCUACCUCACCUGAGCGCUACAUCAAGUGGUCUUCCGACGCUUGCGAACUCCGGCCCAUCAAAGGGACGGUCAAGAAGGUGCCAGGACUCACACAGGACGAUGCACGGGCUAUCCUCACCACCCCGAAGGAGUUUGGUGAGAACCUGAUGAUCCUCGAUCUUAUCCGCAACGAUCUCUUCGAACUUUUCCCGCACGUGACAGCAGAGGACAUCAUGCUUAUCGAAGAGUACGAGACCGUCUUUCAGCUUGUGAGUGUAGUAGAAGCCCACGGCAUCCGCGCGUCGCCUUACAACGGUCUCGACAUUCUCAAGCACACCUUGCCCCCAGGCUCCAUGACUGGUGCGCCCAAGAAGAUUACCGUAGAGCUGCUCCAGCGCGAUAUCGAGCACACGCUCAACGAGCAUCUGCCCGCUGUCCGCGGCACUCGUGGUGCUUAUUCGGGUAUUGCCGGCUACCUCAGUGUUAACGGGAACGCCGAUUGGAGCGUCAACAUUCGCUGCAUGUAUUCUUACGAUAAUGCGUCUACAUGGCGCAUUGGUGCAGGCGGCGCCGUCACUGUGCUGAGCACACUUGACGGGGAGUGGGAAGAAAUGCACACAAAGCUUGAGAGUGCCCUGCAGAUCUUUCAGUAG